GAUCCUACACAUCUCCUGUGCAUCUGUGGUGCGAAUGAAAUUACGAUGAAAGCCCAACACUUGCAAAACAGAGUGGAUUACAAACAGGUACACCCACUGCGUCCUGCCAGGUUGUCAGUCCGGAUGAGGCACUCGAACCAUGUGGUCCACUGAGAGCAUGGAGCACGAGACAGCACACACCCAGAGCAGCUUCUUCACCAAGGUGGAAGUGCCGGACCAUGUUCACUACAUCGUCGCCCUGUUCGUCUUCAUCAUCGGGGUGCUGGGCAUCACUGGCAAUGCGCUGGUUAUGUUCGCCUUCUACAGCAACAAGAAGCUCCGUAAUGUGCCGAACUACUUCAUCAUGAACCUGGCGGUCAGCGAUUUCCUCAUGGCGUUCACACAGUCACCCAUCUUCUUCAUCAACUGUCUCUACAAAGAAUGGGCUUUUGGAGAGCUGGGCUGUAAGAUGUAUGCAUUCUGCGGGGCCUUGUUUGGCAUUGCCUCCAUGAUAAACCUGCUGGCCAUCUCCAUCGAUCGCUACCUGGUCAUAACCAAGCCUCUGCGGGCCAUACACUCGAGCUCCAAACGUAGAACCCUGCUGGCCAUCAUCCUGGUCUGGCUGUACUCUUUGGCUUGGAGUCUGGCGCCUUUAGUCGGCUGGAGCUCCUACAUCCCAGAGGGCCUGAUGACAUCAUGUACAUGGGAUUAUGUCACGUACACCUUGGCCAAUAGGAGCUACACCAUGAUGCUGUGCUGCUUUGUUUUCUUCAUCCCACUAGGAGUCAUCUUUUACUGCUAUCUUUUCAUGUUUCUGGCAAUACGCAGAACAAGCAGGGAAGUGGAGCGACUGGGGACUCAGGUGAGGAAAUCCACUCUGAUCCAGCAGAAGUCUAUCAAGAGCGAGUGGAAGUUGGCAAAGAUUGCCUUCGUCGUCAUCGUGGUUUAUGUCCUCUCCUGGUCGCCGUAUGCCUGUGUGACAAUGAUUUCCUGGUCCGGGCAUGCCAACAUCCUGUCCCCGUACUCCAAAGCGGUCCCUGCGAUUAUAGCAAAAGCCUCCGCUAUCUACAACCCGUUCAUCUACGCUAUCAUACACAACAAGUACAGGAUGACGCUGGCAGACAAGUUUCCCUGCCUGUCGUUCCUGUCCCCUGCUCCUCGAAAGGAGUGCGUCUCCUCCUCCUCCAUCAGUGAGUCCUCUUACAGGGACUCCAUCAUCAGCAGACAGUCCAUAUCAUCCAGGACUCUCUUUAAAACCCGAAACUGCUCACCUGCGAUGACAUUAAGGGAUGUAGAGAUGGAAUCUCUGGGAAGAAAGUCGUGUGAUUCCUUCAGAAGCAUGUCGUCGUACAAUCAGUCUGUUCGAGGCAGGUCCUCCAGGAGACGAUCGGCAAAGACCUCCAACACCAAAGUAGUCGAGAAGCAUCCAUCUACCAUCUGUGAUCCGUCGAGCACCUGCGAGCACGAACUGGUUUCCAACUCUCUCUCCAUCGCCACUGUCCCCCUGCUAGUUCUUACCAGGAGGCGCAGCCAGAGUCUGACCAACGACGUGUCAGAAGCCGGGGAGGAGAAAUGCAGCAUGGGCGACAGGCGGAGCUGCCACCACAAGAGCAACUCUUUCGACUCGCUGAGUGUCGGGAGGAUAUCGUCCGCUGAUCCCAAGUCGCCUCAGGGUGUGCCGCGCAUCAUCGUCAUCAGUCCCACAUCGGAGAGCAGCCUCAUGAAGCAGGACAGUGUCUGCUUGGAGGACAACGUCGACGGAAUGGUGAACAAUGUUUUUGUCAGCAUGGAGUUCUCCUCAGAAGUCCUUGAGGCAGUCGAGCUUAUCGCUUGAUCAUCUGGACAACAAUGACCCCUGUUCUCUUUUCCCCUGAAGCCGUAUUAUUUAUUCUAAUUUGGGACCACAGAGCACACCACACUUUGUUCAGGACAUCAAUCCACUAAAAGUUCAAAUUCACUGUCUGUUUCUGAGCUUGAUGACUCAUCCUCAAAGUCAAAAGAUAUGCCACUCGGAUUGCCAAGAUAACUGAAGCGCAGCGGAAAAGUUUGAAUCGCAAAAUGAAACGUUAUGUAAUCGGUAUGCAGUGAACAAAUCUUGUCCGGCUUUGGCAGGGACAGGGAUGCCCCGAGGGGCAGCAUGGGUGGCAGCAUUUUUCCUGUUAGAUCCCUCAAAAAUGACGAGUGUAACAGCAUUUCUCCAUGAACUUUUUUGCCAAAGCUUGACAGAUACAAUUUAUGGUUUAGGUAUUCAUGCUAAAAUACAAGAAAAGUGAUGUACAGUGUUAAGUUGAGAGGUUUGUUUUUAGUUGAUUUAAGACAUCUUUGGUAUCUCUGC